AUGAACAUAAGUCUGUCAGCCACGUCGUGUAACCCCAAAUGCCUGCGGGUUUUUCUCCUCGUCACCAAUAUCAUUAUCUUCAUUGCCGGUGUUGUCAUUUCCGGUGUUGGAAUAUUUCUUUGGAUAAAAUCGAAUGAAUUGGGACAUGGAAACUCAGCUCCAACUAUUCCCAUUUUCAUCACAGCGUUGGGAUUUGUAUCAAUUUUGUUCGGAUUCUUGGGCUUCCUCGGCACAAUAAAAUUCAACAAGUGUCUAUUAACGAUGAUGAACGCAUCUAUACAAGACUUCUUCACCCAAACCAUUGCAGAGGUUGAAACAAACGCAAAUAGUGGAAAGGAAGAAUUACUCAAAACACUGCAAGAUAAAUUCAACUGUUGUGGAGCUUAUGGGCCUAAUGAUUGGAAGGAACCUCAAAAUAGAUGCUGUAAGGUGGGAGAAGCCAAUUGUGAAGGAUAUCCUACACAGUUAUCUAGCGAAGGUAAGAUUGCUGGAGUUGUUUUGGCCGGUUUUGGAAUAUUUCUUCUUGUUGAAUCAAAUUUGUCUGGCUUUUCUGGAUCGGCUAUUUUAAUCCCCAUCUUCAUCACAAUUGUCGGAUUAAUUGUACUAGGCAUCGCAAUUUUGGGAUACGUUGGGGCCGUUACAUUGAGACGCAGUUUACUCCUCUCGAUAACCGGAAGCAUAAUGUGUGGUUAUGGAACAUACCUUCUGGUCAGAUCAAAAGAAUUCGGAUUGACUGGCAACGAAAUUGAAAUUCCAAUAUCUAUAACUAUCUUUGGACUCUUCGUAUUAACCGUUGGCAUCAUUGGCUGCUUUAGCGCUAUUAAACCAGGCCGUGGAUUACUUCUAACUUUUAACUGCUGCGGGAUAGGUGGACCGACAGAUUGGACACAACCAGCUAAGAGUUGUUGUAUGCCUGGUGAACAGGCACCAUGCAAUGAUUACCCUCAACAGGGCUGUGGUGAUUUGCUUUUCGCCUGGGUUGAAUAUAACAUGCUGACUGUCGGAGUCACAGUUCUCAUUCUUUCUCUCAUUGAAGUUGGUGCAAUUGUGGCCGCAACCUGCCUAGUUGAAAGAAGAGUGUAUACCUGA